CCUGAGACUCGAGUACGGCUGUUGCCCGGUCUUGGCACUUUUUCCAGGUGUGUUCACCGUGUCGUGUCAUACCCGUUCGGCCAUGUUCCAUCCACUUGGGCUCUGACGUCCUUGCCUCUGGUUUUUCUAUGUGAGAGUUUAUAGUGGGUGAUGAGGGUAAUAAUAAUGAUGGGACGCAAAUUGACGUUGUUUGCUCCUAGGUGACGUCUCUUGUAUCAUGUGAAUCGAGGAGACAUGGGUCAUUUGUCUCGGUCUGACCUGACAACGUUGGGCCGAGGUAGAUCAGAACGUCGAUUAAGGCACGUUGUCAUCCUACAAGAGUUCGGUCCUUUACUCAACCCCAAUGUCCAACUGAUUUUUGGUGGAGGGGUCAGGUCGAGCUCUCCUGACCCGACCUGUAUGCAAGGACGAAGACGAAGCGUCACUCCAUCGCGCACCCAGGCGAGGAGUUUCCUCCUGGAGGAAACGCCUGUCCCAUCGAGAUCGGAUCAACGUACUCGGUUACCUUAGCACUCUCAUGGGUAAUCCCGAGAGCUCCGAGGUCGUGCCUUAAAGUUGAUGGAGUCCACCGUGACAGCAAUGGUCGAAUACCUCACCAAAGAGGAAGAAGGUGGAGAAACGAAACUGGUUGGUUGGGCAUUGCAAUCAUGGCCGCCAUUGAGAGGACGAGCGGCGUCGAUCUGGUGGCGACCGGGAGCCCCUCCACUGGCGGCGGCCGUGGCCGAGCACAGGAGCCCUGUAGCCCCAAGGAUCUGGCCUCCGCCUACGACGCCGCCGGGCUCCCCGUACUCUGCUAGUACCCCGACGGCUCGGUCGAUUUCCACUUGGAGCCUCUGCUGGAUCGGGGGCUAGCCAGGGACAGGGCUACGGCCGUGUCGGCAUUGGCGGCGCAGAGGCCCAACGGCGUCGUCUCUGGAAGCGAAAGGUUUAAGCGAGAGAUGAUGGAUUUAGAGGAGUUGCUCUCGAGGCUGAACCCGAUGGCGGAGGAGUUCGUACUCCCGUCUCUCUCGGGACAAGGGAAUUGGUGCGGCGCGGCCGGCGGCGGUGACGGAGGGUUUUAUGCCAAUGGUUUUGGGUGAGCAACCAAGUGCGGAAUGGUGGGAUGCGUGUAAGAAGAAGAAUGGAUAUGGUGAUGGAAAGCUGCGUCGGAUAAAUAGCCGGACUAGCUUGGCACAGCGAGACGAAGUGAUUAGACGAACUGUGUACGUCUCAGACAUCGAUCAUCAAUCAGGUCACUGAAGAACAGCUUGCAACACAUUUCAUCAACUGCGGGCAGGUCGUUGACUGUCGCAUGUGUGAUGUGUUCAAGGACUGUCUACUGUACAAAUAUUGACAAGAAGGUUUCUCAAGCAGAUCUUAAACUCUUCUUCGAAUCUAUUUGUGGAGAGGUUUACCGCUUAAGAGUGCUUGGCGAUUGUCAACAUUCCACGAGGAUUGCUUUUGUGGAGUUUGUGAUGGCUGAGAGUGCAAUCGCUGCUCUGAACUGUAGCGGUGUGGUCUUAGGAUCCAUGCCGUUAAGGAUAAAGCCCUUAAAAGACUCCCCGUGCGCCCGGGUUCACCUCAGUGUCCCAUGUGGUUUAAUCUUCGAGAGCUCCAGGAGGUGGCUGACAGCAGUGUAUAUCCACGCAUACAGAUAUUUAAGGUUUCUGGAACAUUGGGGCUUUGAUAUUUAUCCACGAUCAGGCACCAAGACCUUCAGAGUGUUUCUACGAAACAAAAUAUUCGGCCUGCCGAGGUCUUUCUUAGUUUCAGAUUGUAUCUUAUCAGAAGGGUGAGAGGUGUUUUUGUUAUUUAGUAGAUUUCCAUUACACUAAACUAUUAGCUACUGCAUCCAGGACUCUCACGAGCAGUUAUUUGAACUACGCCACUUUUCUGGAA